AUGUGAGAGUCCAGUGCCUCAACCACUGUGCCUCCUGCUGCCCUCUCUACUUCAUUUUCAGAUGAGCGUUUUGUGCUUGGUGAUUUCCCAGGUCUCUUGCAGCUGCCAGCCUUGCUGUCCAGCUCAGCUGUGGGGCUUAAGCCAUGGGUUUGGUGCCUAAAACAGUCUCUGGGUCUCUGUCUUUGAGGCUCAGCCACUCUCUUCGCUCUUCUCACUGAACAGCUCGAAUGUGGCUUUUUUGGAAGUUGUCUCUUACUGACUGGAAAUGCAGGAAGCUUAAGUGUGAAACUCAUCAAAAAAAAAAAAAAAAAAAAAGGCGCACAGGACGAAAAACCACAGAGCUAUUGGCCUGUCGUCACUGAGCGGGCUCGAACAGUGCAGAAAACUCUAGGCAGAGAGGAAACGAACUCGAGAGAAGGGGAACACGCCCCGGGGAGGGCGAGGGCGCGAGCAGCAGGGGAGCCGGGCCGCCCGCGAUGCGCCAGGAUGGCAGAGGUGGCCGUGAAGCAGGGCCCCCUGUACCUUCAGCUGCAGCAGACUUUCGGGAAGAAAUGGCGUCGGUUUGGAGCCGUGCUGUACCGGGAGUCGGGCUGUGCCCUGGCCCGGCUGGAGCUCCAGGAGGGCCCAGAGAAGCCACGCCGUGGAGAGACUGCCCGCAGGGUGAUCCGCCUCAGUGACUGUCUGCGGGUGGCGGAGGCCAGCGGGGAGGCCAGCAGCCCCCGGGACACCAGCGCCUUCUUCCUGGAGACCAAGGAGCGCCUGUACCUGCUGGCGGCCCCCACUGCAGAGCGUGGGGACUGGGUGCAGGCCAUCUGCCUCCUGGCCUUCCCUGGGCAGCGGAAGGAACAACUGUGGCAGGAAGGAUGUGGGCACAGACCACGUUUUCCAGAGACCGCCUCUUCCCUCCCUCCUCUGGCCUCCCCAGGAAGCCCCUGCAAGGAAUUUGCUGUGACUGUGAGACCCACUGAAGCCAGUGAGCGGUGCCGGCUGCGGGGGCCCUACACCCUCCGGGCUGGGGAGGGCGCCCUGGAGCUGUGGGGUGGCCCUGAGCCGGGCUUCCGGCUCUACGAGUGGCCCUACAGGUUUCUGAGGCGCUUUGGGCGGGACAAGGUGACGUUUUCCUUCGAGGCAGGGCGGCGCUGCGUCUCCGGAGAGGGCAACUUUGAGUUUGAAACCCGGCAAGGCAAUGAGAUCUUCUUGGUCCUGGAGGAAGCCAUCUCUGCUCAGAAGAACACCAGUCCCCCGGGGCCCCAGCCAGCCACGGGCCCCGUGGCCGUGCUGCCCAGGCCGGAGAGCCCCUACGCCCGGCCCCAUGACUCUCUGCCUCCGCCUUCACCCACCGCACCUGCGCCUGCCCUGCGGCCUCGGGGCCCAGAGGGGGAAUACGCCGUGCCCUUCGAUGCAGUGGCCCGCUCCCUGGGGAAGAGCUUUGGGGGGCUGAAGCUGGCCGUCCCUCCCCAGCUCCCAGCUGACCCUCUGUACGACAGCAUCGAGGAGCGCCCGCGCCCACGGCCUGACCACAUAUACGACGAGCCCGAGGGAGUGGCGACCCCGUCCCUGUAUGACAGCCCUCAGGAGCCCCGGGGCGAGGCGUGGAGGAGGCAGGCCACCGCUGACGGAGAUCCUAGUGGCCUCCAGCAUAUGGGUCCAGCUGGGCAGGACUUCUCAGCCACCGACUGGUCACAGGGAACAGAGUAUGACAAUGUCAUACUUAAGAAGGGCCCCAAGUGACGAGGGUGUCGGGGAGGUGGGCCACAUUGAAGUGCACGUGGGCUGGGGGGUUAGCCGGAGGCUGGUGAGAAGGCGUGGGGCGGGGGCCUGCCUGCCUUCUGCUGGUGGCUCCUGCUGGCCGCUGCCUCUGAAGGAAGCCCUCUGCUCCGUCCGAGCCCUAGGCUUGGCCUCCGGGUUUUGGUCUGCUGCCCCGCUCCUGCCGGGCCCUGUCGUGGGUCACUGUCAAGGCAGGAAGAGGAGAGACCUAACCUCCUCCUGCUCUAUUCCACUUCCUCCUCUUUCUUUCCCCAGACCAAAAGGGACCCUAGGGCAUGUAGAACAAAGGACAAAAGGAUGCCAGCAUCUCGCUGGGUCCCCUGGCUUGUGCAGGCCUCUGCCUGCUGGAGUCCCUCCCGGGACAGCCCUGCUCCAGCACCCUGGAGGUUGGCUGCAGCUGUCCGCAGCUUCCCGACUUCUCUGUGGGCAGGAUCGCGGCCUGACCAUGCCCUGCCCACAGUGUGGCUUUCCAAUGUCGCAGAGAUCUCUCGUGGGUGGGGUGAAGUCCAGCUGACCCCUGGGCCCCUCCUCUCCAGCUGCAGGUCCCAAGCCUCUGCCCACAGUCGGAGGGCUCCCUGGAAAGGCUCUUUAACCAUGUCCACCCUUUGCCAAAAGAGGGUCAAUUGCACUAGGAAUGACCCCGGGCCAUCCUGUCCCUUCCCUGCCACUUGGUCUCUUGUUUGCAAGAUGGGGUUGUACCUCUGGCUCUGUGAUGCCCAGAGCCUCUGCCCUGUGCCCCACAGGCUGGCUCUGUGCUCCCCCUCAGAAGCUGCCUGGAGGUCUCCCCACCCAGCUCGCAGCAGCCCGCAGUCCACAGUGCCCUGCAGGAGGCUGGGCUGCCCUGGCCUGAGGCUGUGCACAGCUGGAAGGAGGAGACCAGGCGCAGGUGUGUAGGUGUCUGUCAUGUGUCGGGACAUAAGUGUCCCCAGGCGAAACAGGCCCCAAGCUUCAGAGAUAAUUACAAAGCCAUUCAAAAGCUCAUGAAAAAGAUGGAAUUAAAGUAUGAGUUUGUUUUGGUGCCCCCUUCCCCCCAAAAAAACCCACAUGUAGCUUUUUCAGAAUACACACUUUCACAAACAUCUUGAAGACGCUUGUAUCUGUUGGGGGAUCGAGAAAGGCCAGUCGUGACCGGCAUUUAGGGUGGACCUUUCAGGGUGAAAAGCAAGCAGUGGAGACUUGCGAAGAGAGCACAGGGCAAAGGAGCGGGGAAAGCACGCGGGGCGGGCAUGUCUGUGAUGAGUGGGGUUCUGCUCAGUGGGAGGCGCCUUGAGAGCCUGGGAGCCCGGCCAGGAGGGCUGCGUCCAGCCAGGGCCUGGGGGUGUGUACUGGUUAGAGGGCUUUUGAAUGGGGUGUCUUGCCAGGCUGAGCCCUGGGGGAGAUGGGCUUGGGUGGGGUUGGUGACGAGGGGCUGAACCAAGGCGAGGCAGGGAAUCUCAGGAAGAACCUGGUUUGGAUGGGAGGGCGACAGCUCCGAGCUGCACCGAGAAAGGUUUCCGGGAGGCCCGGGUUUGGGGAAGAAAGCGAAUGAGCCGACUCGGCAAGGUGACGGUGGCUGAAAUAUGAAGGGCCUUCAAAGAGCUGAUGGAGGGUCCAGCAGAUGGCGUAAUGGUUGCAUCGCUGGACUCCCUCAUAGUCGACUGGGAUUCGAGUCCCAGACUUGGCUGCUUAAAACUCACUCCAGGCACAUGUGCGUGCG